CGCGUAACUGAUACGCUGACAAAGGUUCUCGUCGAUCGUCGUAUAAAAGAACCACAGACUCGACAAGUACGCCAUCGAACAAACAUGACUACUACCUCGCAAAUCGUCCUCGUCACCGGCGCCAACAAGGGCAUCGGCUUUGAAAUCGCCCGCCAGAUUGCUCGCAAGGGCGGUUACCACGUCCUCAUCGGCGCCCGAGAUGUGGAGCGAGGCAAAAAGGCUGCUGCCACACUGACACAAGAAGGGCUGCCUGUCGAAUUCUUGCAGCUUGACUCUAAUUCUGACCAAUCGAUUGCGGCGGCAGUGGAAGAGGUCUCGACCAAGUUUGGCCGCCUUGAUGUCCUGGUCAAUAACGCUGCCGUUGCAUUCGAUAGCUGGGACCCGGCACAGGGAAUGCCGACCCGGGAGGUAUUCGCCAAGACAUUCGACACCAACACCGCCGGUCCAGCCCUCACAACGGAGGCCUUUAUCCCGCUGCUAUCGAAUGCCCUCUCCGGAAAACCGAACAUUGUAUUCGUCUCGUCUGACCUUGGCUCUGCAGGCUCGCUUGCCGAUCCAGAGGGCCGAUACAAAGGCAUGCCACUAUACUUCCCAGCUUAUCGCUCUAGCAAGACCGCUCUCAACAUCUUGGCCCUCAUUUUCCACUCCCGGUUCCGAGAGAAGGGGUGGAGAGUCAAUAUCGACAAUCCAGGCUUCACUGCGACGGAUUUGAAUGACCAGAAAGGGUCUGGAUCGAUAGAGGAUGGAGCGAAGAAUGCCGUCCGGCUGGCUACGUUGGCCGAUGACACAAGGGGCACAUAUUCUGAGAAGGAGGGGCCGAUACCGUGGUGA